AUGCCUGAAGGUAACUUUACGGACGGGCUGGUUGUGGACGCGGCGAUUGAGCGACUACGCGGGCACGUACAUGCACAAUCCGUUGAAGGACGAGGUGAUCGACCGUUUUUUUUCGCCGUGGGGAUCCGGAAGCCUCAUUUAGAUUGGGCAGUGCCCAAGGCCUACUUUGACGCGCAGGUCUCCCUGAGAGAUGUCCGCCUUCCCUCGGACUCGGUCCGAGUGGCCCCGCCAGGCAUGCCAGCUGUCGCUUACUACAACUGUAGCACGGAGCCGCCUUGGAAGCUGGCCAUGCCGGAGAUUGUCCUAUCGCCCCACGAGCCCUUACAAGACGAGUUGGAACGAGAAUUGCGACGGGCGUACUAUGCGGCAGUGACAUGGAUGGACGCGAAUGUAGGAAAGCUUUUGGACGCCUUGACUGAGCUAGGCCUCGACGAGAACACGGCCAUAGUUUUCCACUCUGACCACGGUUUUCAUCUCUCCGAGGAAGGAAUGUGGUGCAAACAAAACACGCGAGAGAUCGGCACGCGCGUACCUUUGCUCGUGUCAGCCCCCGGUCUGACAGUGCCAUCGGAGGCGCGCCGAGAAAAGGAACAGAGAGAGACAGCCGGCCUGUCAGAGGCAAUCGUCCAGCUUGUGGACAUAUACCCCACAUUGCUGGACCUGGCUGGGCUCACACUACCUGAUCCCAACAUGCGAGGAAGAAGUUUGAUCCCUCUAAUGCGGCGCUGGGGCAGUGGAGGCAAUGAAACCGAAAAUGCGACCGGGUUCGGCGCCGCCUUCUCCCAGUAUCCCCGUUGUGCGAGCACCUCGCUGGCUCCCAGUGGACUGGCAUCCCAGGGAUAUCGAUGGAAUCGGCAAUGUGCCUGGCUUGAGAACGACAAGAUCGAUGUGAUGGGGUACAGCGUGAGAGUGGAGGGAUGGAGAUACACAGAGUGGUACACGUGGGAGGCGCGACGAGCCCGGCCUAGAUGGAAUGCUGCAGGUCUUGUAGCCGUGGAGCUGUAUGCGAUGGACAUGAGCAGAGGAAAAGGUGUGAUGGAGGAGAUGAAGAUGGAAGAUAAAGUGGCUCGGAAUGUGGCAAACGACGUACGCUAUCGUCAAGAGCAGGAGCAUCUGAGCAAGUUGCUCUAUGACCACUUUUCGUCCUUCCAACCCUUUGCUAUGAGCGCCGACGCCGUGGAUACCUGA